AUGUCCGACGAUGAACUUGGCGAUUUGUUAGCGGUAAGUAUGCCACAUUGUUAUGAUUUUCAAAAAAAAACUGAACUUUUUAGGGAUUGGAUACCGAAAUACCAGCACCGACAAGCGGACAAUCCAGAAAUCCAUCGAGUUCGCCGACCAAGACACCUGUCAAAAGUAGUUUAGCGUUGCAGAGUUUGUUCGGAAACGCACAGGUUCGUGUGAUGGCUCAUUGUUCCUAAAUACAUACUCAUAGAAACAACGUUCAGGAAGAACCAAAAGAAGCAGCAGCAGCAGCGAGGAGAAGUGUGAAUUUUAGCGAUUUAGCGCAGCCGGCGGCGAGCAGAGCGGACAGCGCAACUAUGAGUUUGAGGGUACGUCUGUCUUUGACAUUCGGGACGUUUUGCAACUUUUUUGGUUUGGUUUUAACACAUCAAUUUGUGAUUUUUUCACGAACACAGUGAAGAAAGUGCAUUUUGUAGGCGACACGUGGCGGAUCCACCCUCGACGACCUCUUCAACACCUCGUCGUCGACCUCAACCCGCCCUGCUCCUGCAUCCAAUCCGACUCGUGGCCAAACAAGUAUUGCCACAUUGUUCGGCGAUCCUCCUCCGCCGCCGCCUCAAGCGCCUUCAUCGACGGCUCCAACAGCAGCGAGUGCACCGGCGCCCGACAAGGAUAGUUUUGAGGCCGGACGCAUUUUGAGGUCACUCUCCAAUCGUGUGCCUAUCCAUCCACACACUUUCUCCUCAUUUGCAGACUCGAAACCGAACUGGAACGUGUGAAUCGAGAAUUGGAGGAAACGAAGCGAAGGAAGCGGGAAGAUGAAGAGGACAACGAGAGAGUUUGGAAGAAGAGAAUCGACGAGCAGAACAGGGAGAACUUGGCGAAUUUGGAGACGGUCAAGAAUGCACACAAGUGAGUCAAGUCAUCCAACACACACACAUACACUCAAAAACUUUCACCAGAUCCCAAAUCGCUCAGCUUCAAGACGAGCACAAAACGGAAAUCGAACGGCUCAAACAUAAUUAUGAGCGUCAAUUGGAAAACAUGGCCACGUCGACGAGUCAAGUCGGAGACUUGGUGGCGGUUGUCGGAAAAGUGGACACAAUUUCCACGAAUAUCGAUAGAAUUUCAGCGGAUAUUGUGUAG